AUGUCGCCCAGUAUCUGUUUCCGUUGCCGGUUACAGGUUCCCCCGUCAAUUUGCGCCAUCCCGUACCUACCGGACAGGUUCCUUUCUUACAGCCUGCUCGAAUCCCCGUUGGCGAUCCGAAUGUCUCUGCUGAGACCUCCUUUCGCCCCUGUGUCGAAGACGCGGCUUCCCUCACUGCAUCCGUUCCUUAUUUCCCUCAGCACACUUGUGGCAGCGCAGUCGUCCCAUGAGCUGCUGCUGCUGGGGCGCGUGACGGAGACGCAGCAACAGCUACAGGCGCGUCUGUCUCCUCUCCUCAUUAGUCAACCCCCACUAUGCACCCACCCACCCCUGUGCUUUACCACGCCGUUUCCCUCAGCACUGGUAGCAGCACAGUCAUCAGAUGAGCUGCUGCUGGGGCGCGUGGCGGAGAUGGAGGAGCAGCUCAACCAGCAGCUGCUGGACGGGCCUGCUGAGGGCACCGCCCAGCCGGCUGGAGCUGCCACAAGCAAGGCUGCUGCCACUGGCGGCUCUGGCGACGGCGCUGCACUUGAUACCCUGCCACCGCGUCCCACCUUCACGGAAGGCCUGCUGAAAACCACCUCUCUCCCCCGUGGCAUCUACCGCAACAAGCUGAAUAGCACCUUCCUGGAAUACCACCGAAACGUGCACAAGGGGGAGGUAGAACUGCACUGCAUGGGUGGCACCUGCCCGAACCUAGACAGCUGCGGCCCGGCAUUUCCGAAUGUGCGAGCCUGCUUCUGGCCGAACCUCGUGGACGAGGAUUAUAUUUACCCGGACCAGCCUGAGAACUGCCCGAAGCUGUCGAACUGGGAUGAGGUUGGGGCGAAGGGGGCGGAUCCUAGGUGUACCCACCCUGGGGAUAAUCUGAGAUUCGAUAAGUAUGUGCCGCAGUAUUAUGAGAUCAAGGACGUGUUUGUGGAUGCUAACGGGGUGCUCUUUAACGAGUCGCUGCACUUCUUCCGCCACGGCUGCUUCAAGGACAAAGAGUUCGCCUACCACGCGAAUCAAACCAGUGUGCAGCACUACCACCGCCUCAUAUCGCUGCUGUACCAGCUGGGCGGGGCGUUCUACCACACGCUCAUUGAGGUGGUGCCUCACUUCCUGCUGCUCGCCCCUCUGCUGAAAGACAACCCCGGCAUGCCCAUCGCUCUGAACCUUGUUCUCGUGGACGAUCGCAACCAGAAGAUGCUGCUGCACGCUGACAUGGCGUACCAGGUACGUACGCGAGUGGCGGGAGCUGAGGCGGCUCAAACCAGCUCUAUGGUCCCUUCCACCCACUCGCUCCCCCACCCUCCCCCUCCCCCCAUCCGCACUACAGCCUGUGUUCCAAGGAUGCGGCAGGGCGGCGCCAGGCGUGUGGCGGGAGCUGAGGCGGCGGUUCUACGUCGUGUCACCAACUCCCUCGUCCUAUCCUUCCUCCCCCCCACACCACCACUGCAGCCUGUGUUCCAAGCAUGCGGCAGGGCAGCACCAGGCGUGUGGCGGGAGCUGAGGCGGCGCUACCUCGUGCCAUCCGACGGCCUCCCCAUGUUCGGCCCGGGCUUUGCUCCCCGACACCCUGGCAACAGCAGCAGCAGCAGUGACAGCACUGGGAACAGCAGCAGCGCCGCCACCAAUAGCAGCAGCAUCCCCCCUCCGUGGACGGACGAGCAGAUGGCUCGGCUGCCCGCCAGCUGGCUCGCUGUGAUUGCUCGGCGCCACAAGUCCAAGCGCCGCAUCGCUGGCUUCCCGCAAUUGGUGGAUUCCAUGAAGCAGAUCUUCCACCCUUCUAGGGUCUAUGUCUUCGAUGGCAAGCUGAAUGUCACCCAAGCCAAGACCGUAUUCAACAGAGCAGCGGUGUUUGUGGGGUUGCACGGGGCAGCCCUGGCCAACAUGGUCUUCAUGCCGCUCAACGCCAGCAUCUUUGAAAUCCGUCCGCGCGGCUACCCCAACCCGUGCUACCACCACCUCGCCACAGCCACCCAGAUGCACUAG